ACCGAAUGCCCUACUUCUACCCCUGCUGUUGCUUGUCAAACCGGUUAUUUAGGUGUUAGAAAUGGAAAGGGUCCUCUUGGUGCUUGUUGCUCUCACAGUGACGAUUGUCAAGAAAGCUGCUUCAAUGGCAAAUGCAAUGCUCCUAUUGCUUCCACCUGUUACUCUGGUUCCAGAGGCAAAGGAAGAGGUGAUGGCUACGAAGGUGCCUGUUGUAAAAACAACGAUGACUGUUGGAACAGCUGUAUUAAGGGCAAAUGUAACGGAUCUUCUCUUGCCAACUGUGACGUAGGCUUCAGUGGAAAGAAGUUAGGUAAUGGCCCUCAGGAUGCUUGUUGUCUCUCCCAACGUGAUUGUAAAGAAGACUGUGUCAAAGGUAUCUGC